UUUCCUGUCUCUUCCUCCUCAUUCUCGAAUUGAUCUGCGUUCCAACAGGCUGUCAGCUCCAUUGCCUACCUGCUGGCCCCCAGUGAAAGACUGAAUAGGGAGUUCCAAGGUGUGUCACGAUGAAUGUAGAGCAUGAAGUUGGCCUUCUGGUGGAAGAGAUACGACGUCUUGGUUCUAUAGGUGAAGAUGGAAAGCUAAGUGUGACGUUUGGUGUGUUAUUUGCUGAUGACAAAUGUGCCAACCUCUUCGAAGCUUUAGUAGGAACAUUGAGAGCCGCUAAACGUAAGAAGAUAAUCACCUACCAGGGGGAACUACUAUUACAGGGUGUUCACGAUAAUGUGAACAUUGUGUUACUUCAGGAUUGAUGAAAAAUCUGAACUCCUAUGGAGACUUUCCAGUUCCUCUUUCUGGUGAACCAUAUGCAGAAUUGAAAACCCAAAGUAGGCUAUUUUUAUAAAGGGGUAAUUGUAAAAAAAAAUUAAAAAAAAAUUCUCUUAUUUUUGAAAAUGCAUUUAUUUUGUAAUGUUACAUUCUCAAAAUGCAAUAAAAUCAAAUGGUGAUUGAUGAGC